AUUUAUCAUUUCUCUUAGAUAUACCAACUCAAAAGUAUUCUCAUCGAAAAGUCGACUAAUUUAAAAGUGGUCUGGAUGUGCUUGUUUUGCCAUGGCUGUGUUACGCCGGUCUAAUUCUCUUCGCGCCUCUACCUCAGUCGCGGUCGCAACCACUACCGCCCCCAGAAACACAAACGGCAAACCUAGAGAGGAAGAUCAGGAUGUUAUUCAAGCCGAAGCAACCGAAAAUCGUAUAUUGACCGAUGAGUUGGUGAUUGAUGAGCAUGGCUCCGCGAACAGCCAGUUAGCUACGUCCCGGGAGCAUUCAGUCAGUCAGCAGAAGCUCUCACCAACAUCAAUCGCCUUAAUCAUGUUACCGCUUUGCCUGUCGGUCCUGCUAUCAGCGUUAGAUCUAACGAUUGUGACCCCGGCUAUCCCAUCCAUUGUCGCGUCUUUCCAGUCCUCGGUGGGUUAUGUCUGGAUCGGCAGCGCCUUCGUCUUGGCAAAUACCGCCUUCACGCCGGUCUGGGGCUCCGUUGCUGACAUCUGGGGACGCAAACCGAUUAUGCUCAUCGCGAUUCUCCUCUUCCUGGCUGGUAGCCUGCUAUGCGCCCUCUCACCGCAUAUGGAUGCUUUGAUUGCCGGUCGUGCUGUUCAGGGUGUCGGCGCAUCGGGUAUGGGUACUAUGGUUAACGUUAUUAUCUGCGAUACCUUCUCAUUGAGAGACCGUGGUCUGUAUCUGGCCAUCACAUCCAUGUUCUGGGCUGUUGGAAGUGCUGUUGGCCCAAUUCUAGGCGGCGUUUUUACUACACGGCUUACGUGGCGUUGGUGCUUCUGGAUCAAUUUGCCUAUCGGUGCCGUCGUGUUCUUCGUACUACUCUUCUUCUUGAACAUCACAACUCCUCAUACUCCUGUCCUGGCCGGUCUGAAGGCUAUUGAUUGGCCUGGCAGCCUCCUUAUCAUAGGCGGUGCUUUGAUGAUACUUUUUGGGCUCGAAUCUGGCGGAGUUUCUUACCCGUGGUCGUCUACUACAAUAAUUUGCCUUAUUGUCUUUGGCGCCGUAGCUGUUGGAAUUUUCCUGGUCAACGAGUGGAAGUUUGCUGCCAACCCUAUCAUUCCACUCCGGCUUUUCUCAUCAAUAUCUGCAGCAGCUGCAUAUGGCGUAUUUACAUCCAUUUUCUAUGUUUAUAUCGGCCUUGCGUACUAUUUGCCCCUCUACUCCCAGGCUGUGUUAGGUGCUAACGCGCUAACCUCUGGUGUCUAUCUCCUGCCUCUCAUUGUAUCCUGUUCUUUGGCAGCUGCUUUUGGAGGAGUGUUCAUUCAAAGGACAGGUAAGUAUGUACCGCUCAUGUAUGCAGCAGAAGUGACGCUUGUUCUUGGCGCUGGAUUGUUUCUUGAUCUCAAGUUUGAGCAAAACCUAUCCAAACUGUUCGUAUUCGAAAUCAUCGCAGGCGUCGGUGUCGGUCUUAAUAUCGAGGCACCCAUCCUUGCUGCCCAAGCCGCAACAACAGUUCGAGAUACGGCAGCUGUCAUCUCAACGAUGGGCUUCCUCCGAUCCCUUGGGACAGCCAUAUCUAUCGUGGUCAGCGGUGUCAUCUUUCAAAAUGAAAUGACUGCGGCAAAUCCUCACCUGGUUGAGCAGAUUGGCCCUGAGUUGGCCAAACAGUUCAACGGCGACCAGGCAUCUGCCAACGUUGAGCUAAUUGGAGCAUUAAACUCCGAGCAGCAGGCGAUCGUUAGGAAGGUAUACUUCGAGUCGAUGAGAGCAGUCUGGAUUAUGUAUGUGGCGUUUGCCGGGGUUUCGGCGGUGUUGAGUCUUUUUGUUCGGGCGCACUUCUUAAAUACCAAGGCAGAGAGCGCCGUAUUGGGGGCAAAUAGGAAGCAAACCGCUACGUAAUACGUAUCUAUAUGAGGCAUCUAAUUCUAAAAGAAUUUACUAUCAUCGUGUGAGUCGACUCAAGAUGCUGAUCAGGUAUAAUGAAAACUCACCUUGCAGUUACCCCGAUGGUGACCCUUACGAAAAGGGGCUUUCGCGCUUGCUGCAAAUACAUAUAACACGCAGGACUUCAAUUAAAUCAUUGUUGAACUUUGAAAAGCUAUUGCGCUCCAAUAUUUAG